CGAACCAAUCGCUUAGCAACCUGACAGCAACUUGCAAAAAUAAUAAAACAAAAUCAGAAACUAUCUGUCACAAAACUAGAAUAAUCGAAAAUAAUAUUCAAAUAGUAUUCAAUAUUGUUAAAUAAAGUAAAAUUCGUAUAUAAAACAAAUGCAUCAUCAUGUCGAAACUUUGUAACUUUAUAGAUGGCAACGAUAGAAUUCGCGACGAGAAUUUGCGCUUCGUCAAGAAUGAGUUUGAAGAGAAUAUAAAUCAGUUCUUUAGUGGUGGAGCUACAGCUACAGAUCAGGCCGGCAUGGCAGCGCCGCCACGCGACUGGAUUAUCGUACAACCUACGCCCGGUUUCUGUGUUAAGAGCUUUAAGAUCAAUAGCAAUGAAAAGUUCUUCAUAAACGUUUGCCAAGCACCGGAAGUUCCUGGACCCAAAGAUAUAUCCGAUGGCGAGCUAAUAAGUAUAUUGGAAUCAACGACGCCCGGAUCGUUUCGCGUCCCAAUGAGCAUUUCGGAGAUACGUCAUACCAAAGAUCGUUCCAAUAACUCCGUAGAAGUAUGCGACAUAGCAAUAAAUCCAAAGUUUUUGACUAAAAUAAAAAAAUCGCAACUCUUCAACAAUUUCUUUUUGCAAAUCGUUGCCGAAGCGCUCAGCGAAAAAUACAAUGUACAAAUAACGAUGGAUAAGACAAUAAUAUUGAGUAAUCGCAAAUUUAUCGGCACUUUGGUGGCGCAUCGUGUGAGAAAUAAGGACAUGCAAAGAGCAAGCGAUGCAGGUGGUACACCUGACGCAGUUGGCAGAGCAAUUUCGGAAAAUAAACACACAGCGGAGCCAUCCACGUCCACAUCCACAAAGCCUUCGAAAUUAAUACAGGAAAUUGAUGAGCAGCAUGCUGCAACUAUUCGUAACAACUGGACCAAAAAUCAUCAGCCGCUUUAUAAGCUACGCGCUCGAAUCCGCGAUGAGAAUGUCGAUGAAAUUCAUGCCGAGCUUUAUUUACCCAAUUGCGUUUCAUCCCAAGAGUUCAGCUUGGAUGUAGGCGAAGAUCGCAUUCUGGUUGAGUCCUUGAAACAUGGCUAUAUAUUUGAUACAUUUGUCAAAUAUCGCCUCAAUCAGGAGCGUGCGCAGGCGCUAUUUGAUAAAACAAGCAAGAUGCUUCAGAUUCGUAUUCCGGUCAUUCACAACAAACAGCACUGCUUUGUAUAUGUGAGCUUGUGCGUUUGUGUAUUGUGUGCCUGUGCGUGUGCGUGUCUGUCAAAUGUGAAAAUAUUACAAGUUCGAACGGCAUCAAGUAAAAAGAAAUUAGUUAAAAAGUUACGGAAAAAAAUAUUGCCGUUUAGAUUAUACGUGUUCGACGCGAAAUUGUCAACAAAUAAACGAAUUUGUGAACAAUUAGCUAUGGAUUAUAGAUACAGCGCCUACGGCAUUGGCCAGCGUCGUCAGCCCAAUGAUGCAUCGUCUUUUGCGCCAAUUCGCGGCGGUGGUGGUGGCAGCGGUGCCGGCGGCGGCGGUGGCAGCGGUAACAUCAGCGGCAACGGUGGUGGCAGUGCAGUCGACGACAAUUUCCGUCGUCCAAUGAACUAUGGUCGCACGGAUAGUUUUAACAAUGGCAACAGCGGAAUUGGUUUUAACAAUCAAAGAUUUUCUGAACUUGAUACCAUCAAAUUUGGCAAUAAUCAGCGUUAUCCCGAUAACGAUAACAACAAAUUUGGCAGCAUGCAAUCAAACACUUUUGGUCGUUCUAACGAUGUCGGCAUCAGCGGUGGUGGCGGCGGCGGCUACUCAAAUUAUUCUAAUAACAAUCAACGUUUUAACAACAGCAAUAGCCAUGGCAGUGUUGCACCGAUCAAGAGUAGCUUUGACGAUAAGUUUCGACCACAACAGCCACAGCUACAGCCGCAGCAGUCGCAGUCGCAUUCAAAUUUCCUUGGCCGCUCUUUUGAGCCAAGAUCAAACUCUGUUUCUAUGUCUGGCUCUGAUAAUUAUCGUGGGCCCCUGCAUCAACAACAACAGCUGCCAAGCAAUUUGGGCCUAACUCGUUCCAUUAGCGAUCUUAAUUACAGCAACAUUCACACUAACAACAACAUCAACAACAAAUCGGACAACACUCCAUCACGUUUUUACAAUAAUGAUCGCAACUUGGACACAUUUAGGCGCUCCGAUACCUUCAGUGGCGUCAGCGGUGGCGGUGGCGGUGGCCAAGACUCGAAUCAUGUGAGCCGCACUGGCUCCAAUUUCAAGUUCAACAAUGAUCGCCCGGCAGCACCGUAUGGGCGUCCCAAUAAUACUGGAAACUUUGACAAUUUUAAUGAUCGCAACUUUAAUAACGACUUUCGUGGGCCACAACCGCCCAACGAUUAUGGCUUAAACUUUGACAACAGCAAAAUCAAUAACAGCAAUAGCAGCAACAGCAGCAAUCAACAAUCAUUUUACAAUAACAACAACAGCCAGAGCAAUGGGCCGGGCAACUAUCGCGGUCCGAACAACUCUGGUUCCGCUGGCAAUACUUUGGCAGUGUUGGAAACGGUCAAUGCUUUGAUGAAGAACCAAUCGAACUGGCAAGUGGGCAACAACAAUUAUGGCUUUGGACCGGGUAAACCGAUUGGCGGCGGCAAUCGCAACAAUAAAUGGAAUGGACCUGCAAAUAUUAGUGGACCGCCGAUUCCCAAGCCUAAUCAAGCUGCCAUGGGCAAUAGGCCACCGUUUCCCAAUCAGGGGCUAGGGCAAGGACAAGGACAAGGACAGGGACGUGCUCCCAGACAAAUUAACAGCAACAAUAUCAAUUAUAAUAACAAGCCACAGUUGCCCAAUGUUGCACGUAACAAGCAGUUCAAUCCACAGCAGCAGCAGCAACAACCGAAACAGCAGCAACAACAACAACCGAAACAGCAGCAACAACAACAACCGAAACAGCAGCCACAACAACAACCGAAACAGCAGCAGCAACAACAACAAAAACAGAAACAGCAGCCGCAGCCGCUGCCACAAAGACAAUUUGUUAAUAGGAAUGUAUCGACAGUUAAGAAUGUCAGUGUCAAUGGCGGCAAACCGAAACCCGUUAAUAUGCCGCCCAAGCCAAAUGCACCCAAUGCUGCCCCAAAUACUCAAGCGAAAGGCAUUAACAACAACAGCAACAACAACAAGAAAGAGGUUGAAGCACAGAAGCCAGCAGAGAAAACUAUUGUUAAAGUUGGAGCUCAAAAGCGUGUGGCUGAGCUAGCUCCUGCGCCCCUGACCAAGGCGGAUAUCAAGCGUCGCAAGCUCGCAAUUAAGCGUGGAUUUUUGAUCGGCGGCUUUAAGCUGCCCUAUAUUAAUAACCUGAAAGUAGCAUUGCCUCAGCCCGAGGAUAAAUCGUAUGCGAUUAUGUUCUUCGAACAGUUACCCAAUUAUAGUACAAGCGGCGAAGAGCUGGACGAUGAGGCAAUGGCUGAGAGUCAGGAUUACGAGCAGGAAGGCAAAAAUGCUGGACGCACCUUGGUGAAACGCAUUCGCAAACGUUUGCACUACGAGUGGGCCAUCAAGGAGGAGGCCAAGAAAUAUACAUCGUGGCAGAGCUGGUGGACAGAUUACAAGUGGUGCGAGGAGGCGAUCAAGGAGGAACUGGCCACCUUUGGCAGCGUUAAUUUGCGCAACUGCUUUAUACCUGAUUUGCCACGUCUGACCACAGAACAGGUGGUCGACGUUAUUGUUAACCAAGCCCAAUUUGCAUUGCAAAAGAAUUCGGACAAUUAUUUCAAUAAUAUGAAGUCCAUAUUUACACUAAUGAAUAUCACAUUUUUGGAGAACCUUAAGAUGCCCAACACCGAGAAGGUUCAGAAUAUGAUACGAACGGUUCCGAAUGAUUUUUGGACUUACAAAAUGCGCAGCAUGAUCUAUUUGUGGGCUCAGUAUAAGAAAAUCUCAAAGACUUCGUCGCCGGCCACGGAAACUGGAGUCAAAGAGCUGCAGGCCAUAGCACGCGAUUGGAAGAAUCCAUUAUUCCAUUGGAUAGCCAAGCAGGCAUUCGACGAGUUGAAGGCCAUCAGCGAGGUGGAAUGGCCGGAACACAAGCAGCAGUACCCAACUUUAGAGUCCGUUGCACCUUCAUCAUCUUAAAGCAAAUUCUACACCUGUAUGCAUUUUGAAACCCAAGUUAAUAUAAAUUUGAUUAUACAUAUAUACAUGAUUUUUAUGUGUCCACCCAUAAGCGAAAAUUUGUAGAUUGAGAAUGAAUAAAUAAAUGCAUACAUUAUAUA